AUGGCGCAGAAAUACGCGUCGGGUUUGGGCCAAACGAGAUUACCGCCAAUUCGAAGAAAGUUCCACUCUGCCAACAAUUGCGAAGUAAAAGAGUUGGGUUUUGAUCCCUCAGCCUCGCCAUUCUCCCUUCCAAGACUGCCUCGAAUUGGAAACCAACAGAUUCCAGCUUCAAAGAGGACUUGUCCUGACAAACUAGAAAGACGAGGAAAUCGGACAUCGCUGAGUUUCACGACUGAUAAAAAAGUUCCAUGUCUACUAACAACUGCCCCGGAGCUCGACAAGCCGUUUGAAAGAUCAGCGAAGAAGCAAUGGCGAAUCAGUAUUGAAGAAAAGCUGAUGGGGCCGGCUGCACACGGCGUCGAUGGAGUUUACUCCAAGGAAAUCGUGAAGGAAGGGUCAUUGGAGUCCAAUGAAAACAGAAGAUCAUUUCUGAGACGCGAUCACAUAUUUCGAAGACGUCUCAGACCGAGUAAAGCGUAUCAACAGCAAGACAGCCACAUGUCCCAUCGAGAACUGCUUGCUUUUGAUCAAAAUAUGGAACAUCUGCUGACGUUUACAGAGAGAGACAAAGUGCUGGAAUUGAGAGAUUUCAAUGGGAAAAAGAUGAACCCAAACAAAACUGGUAACUAUGACAUAAUGUCGUGCGUUUCGAUGUUUGAGGUCGAAAAGGGGGUAGACAACAAUACCAGUGAGGAAUGUGAAAAUUGCGCUUCUAUGACAAAAGGUGUUUUCGAAGACAGCGAGCUUUCUUCGAGGAGAGAGGAAACGAAAAAUCGUGUGCGUGGUCGGUUUUAUGAAGCCUUAGAUCUUCACUUUUAUCACUACUACCGUAACGCUCAUCCUCAGCGAAGAAUGGCGAUCUGUGAAGAAAUUGAGCGAGGUAUUGUGGUUGACAGUAUUACACUGUCGUGGUAUAGAGAAAACUUGCGUCUCCAAGACGUUUUGAAUACGUGGGUCUUAUAA